AUGGCAAUCCUCACGAAGCUGAAGGCCAGUUCCUCUGAUGUAGAGGCAUUAGAGAAUGAACCUCCAGUGCUGACCAAGGAGCUUAAUGCCUUAGUUCAAAAGAAGUUGCGUCAGAAGCUACCGGAUCCCAGAAGCUUCCUUAUUCCCUGUACUAUAGGGACAAUAACCUUUGAGAAGAGGCUGGAAAUUCUAGAGGUCCAGCCUGCUAGGAUCUCAUUGGAGAUGGCAGACAAGUCCCUAAAAAGAGCAUAUGGCAUAGUGGAGGACGUCCUGGUGAAGGUUGAAGACUUUUACCUGCUUGCAAAUUUCGUGAUCUUAGACACAGGGGAGGAUAGAGACGAAUCCAUCAUCCUACGAAGGCCUUUUCUAGCCACUGCUAAGGCCUUCAUAAAUAUUGAAAAAGGAGAACUAGUUCUGCAACUAUGGAAGGAUUGCAUCCUAUUCAAGAUCCCCAAUCUUCAGUCUCCCUCAAACAAAGGAGGUACCAUAGUACAGCACUUGGUAUUCUAA